GUCCAAUAGUCAACAGGUGACGUAAAACGUUCUAUCGAAUAGCAGACGAGCGCGUUCGAGACGCCCAAUCAGCGCAGGGCGGCGUUAUGGCUUAAAAAGGCCGCGUUCGCGCCCGCCGUUUAUUCUAUUUUUCUACCCGUGAAGUGCAGAGCUCGACGCUAUGGCAAGAACCAAGCAGACCGCCCGUAAGUCCACCGGUGGCAAGGCGCCAAGGAAGCAGCUCGCCACUAAGGCUGCCCGCAAGAGCGCGCCGGCUACCGGCGGCGUGAAGAAGCCUCACCGCUACAGGCCCGGCACCGUGGCUCUGAGGGAGAUCCGCCGUUAUCAGAAGUCUACUGAGCUGCUCAUCCGCAAGCUGCCCUUCCAGCGCCUGGUGAGAGAAAUCGCUCAGGACUUCAAGACCGACUUGCGUUUCCAGAGCUCGGCCGUCAUGGCCCUGCAGGAAGCGAGCGAGGCAUACCUGGUCGGUCUGUUCGAGGACACCAACCUGUGCGCUAUCCACGCCAAGAGAGUGACCAUCAUGCCCAAGGAUAUUCAGCUGGCCCGCCGUAUUCGCGGAGAACGCGCUUAAACCACAACUCCGUCUAAUAAACACAAAGGCUCUUUUAAGA